AUGAGAGCAUCCCUUUUCUUUCUCACUUGCUUAACCCUCCUGGUCGCUUAUGUUCAUCAAUUUCAAGCUCAUGCUGCUCCAGCAGAUAGUAGGGCAAGAUUGGUUGCUGGGUCAUUUCAGGGUUACACAGGGCAUGUUGAUGGAAAACCAAGUGAUGCUCGUUUUAACCAUCCGAAAGGGGUAACAAUGGAUGAUGAGGGGAAUGUAUAUGUUGCUGAUACCUCAAAUAUAUCCUUUGGGUUGCAUUCCUUUGCCUAUUUGCCUUUACUUUUGGAACUUGGCCGAGUAUAUUUUGAGAAGGUGAUAAUAGGAUUUUGA